AAAUAUAAAGAGAGAGAGAGAGAGAGAGAGAGAGAGAGAGAGAGAGAGAUAAAAAAGAGAGAGCUAGAGAAAGGGAGAGAGGCCAAAGCCCAAAGGUCAAGAAUCAAAGACUCAAAGAGGACACCACCACCCACCAAAGGGUCAUCAGUCAUCAAAAUCAAAAUGCAAAAACCCCCACAAAAAAAUACAAGAGCAGUACUGGGUUUGAAUUCGAAAUCCAUGGCAGGGUGGUCGAUGGUAGCUGAUGGGUCCGCUUUAGAUUGCGCCAAAACCCCCAAAAAGAACGAGACGGACGGCUUCUCGGUCGAUCUUGAACCACCGUCGGAAGCUCCAGAACGCUGCGUUUUAGACGUGCCCGAUAAGCUCCGAUGCUGGUUCGAUCAGUUACUCGGGGUUUUUCUGAAAGAGAUCUCUGCCCAGGGCUUGCUUCGGCCUUUGCCUCCAAUGAUCGGUAAUGGACAGCGUGUGGAUUUGCUGAAGCUGUUUUGGGUUGUGAGAAAGCGGGGUGGGUUCGAUACCAUUUCGAAAAUCAGGGUAUGGGAUUCAGUGGCUAAAGAGUGUGGCUUGGGUUGGGGUCUUGGCUGGGCUGUGAAGUUGGUUUAUGUCAAGUAUUUGCAUUUACUCGAGAGGGUUAUAGAAAAUAAGGACUUGGAAUGGAGUGUGGAUAUUAGUGGCCUCGAUUUGACAGAGCAGUUCAUGGACUUGGAGGAUAAGCUUACAAAGGUUUUUCCGGAGAUUUCCGAUCAAAAGGUGAAAGAUGGGGGGGCCUACCCGCAUGUUGAAUUGUCACCUAAGAAUUUUAAGGACAGUAAUGAGGUGGGAAGUGAGGUAGCAGAGUCAGAUAGGCUCAAGAAAAGUGUUGUUAGUGAAGCGUUCUUGGACUUGGAUUCGAGGAGGGAUGCUGGAAAGUUUUGCAAUGGUGAUGUGCCUUUGUCAGGUGGUGCCAUGAAAUGUACAGUUAAUUUAAUGAAUAAGAAUUUGGAUUUGACGAACAGCAUGGAGGAUGUCGGGAAAGUGUGUGACAAUGGUGAGGUAAGUGAGGUGGGGGAAUCUGGUACAGGGAAGAAAUACAAUGAUUGUGAUGAAGCUGUGAUGAUUUUGGAUCCCUCUCCAGGUGAAGUGAGUUCUUUUCGUAAAAGGAAGCGAGGGCCAUCCUGUGGUAGUGAGGCAGGGGAAUCACGUAGAGGGAAGAAAUACAAUGAUAUUAGCAAUGAAGAUGCGGCGAUUUUGGAUCCCUCUACAGAUGAAGAAGCAAUUUCUUUUUGGAAAAGGAAGCAAGAAUCAUUGUGUGGAAUGCUGAAUUGGGUUAGAAUGAUUGCGAAGGAUCCUUGUGAUCCUGCAGUUGGUUCAUUACCAGAAAGGUCGAAGUGGAAGUCCUUUGGGAAUGAGGAGAACUGGAUGCAGGUUUUGUGGGCUCGAGAAGCCAUCUUUGUGAAGAAGCAUGCUGAUUCAGGUGCUGAACAGUCUAACUGGCAGAAGAAUCAGAGGAUGCAUCCAAGCUUGUACGAUGACCAUUUUAGCUCAUCUUACAAUCUUAGAGAGAGGCUAAGGUUGGAAAAGAAGCUUCUUUCUGGGGGGACAAUGCCACAAUCAAGAACCGGUUCAGAGUCAUCCUCGCCCAGUUAUAGUCCUGACAUGGCAGGGAUGGAGGAUCAGUUACUUGGAACCAGUGAUUUCACCAGUGUACUUGACAGAUAUCCUCCAAGCCACAUUCCUCUGGGGUCAAAUUAUCAAGCUCAUUUACCAGAAUGGACUGGUGAGGCUUCUGAAAGUGAAUUGAAGUGGUUGGGGUCCAAGUUUUGGCCAUUGGAAAAACCAGAGCACAGAUAUCUGAUUGAGAGGGAUCCUAUUGGAAAGGGAAGACAAGAAUCUUGCGGCUGCCAAGUGUCAGGUUCUAUAGAAUGUGUCCGAUUUCACAUUUCUGAGAAAAGGUUAAGAGUUAAGCGAGAACUGGGGCCAGCUUUCUACCAUUGGGAAUUCAAUCAGAUGGGCGAGGAAGUUGGGCUCUCUUGGACAGCGGAAGAAGAAAAGAAGUUCAAGGACAUAGUAAAGUCAAAUCCUCCUUCUCUUGGGAUUACCUUUUGGGAUCAGAUAUUCAAGUCUUUUCCUAAGAAGAGCAGGAGAGAAUUGGUAAGCUACUACUUCAAUGUCUUUCUCUUGCACCGUAGAGGAUACCAGAACAGGUUUACUCCGAACAAUAUUGAUAGUGAUGACGAAGGAUUAGAGUCGGGAUCAGUAACUAAUGGUUUUGGGGAUGAAGAACGCAAGCCAUCAAAAUCAAUUUUAAAAUCCCCACACAAGCCACAUGCAAAAUGCAGAUAGCCAUCUGAAAUCUGGCUUGCAAUUAGAUACUUUUGUUUUUGGGAGAAUGAGAAGCCUAGUAAUUUUGUGGAACGCUUGGAAAGAGUGUUCAAGAUAGACAAUCCUCUUAAUGUGCCAGGGCAGAAUCAUCUGUGUCUUUGAAAUAGAAAUAUUGGGUUAUAAAGAUUGUCAUUUUCAGAAGUGGUUUUGAAGGGUUUUAGUGACAAACAUGGGCUUGGAAGCGCAGCUGUGGCGAUGAAAGCAGCAAUGAUGCUCUCUAAGUCUGGUUUUCGUGAUUUCAUCUUAUGAGAUAUAGUUUCAUGUCAAUUCUUGAUUACCAUCUCAAAUAUGAGUCGUUUUGUUUUUUGCACAUUUCAUUUAGGUUUUUGACAGCAAAAGCUUACUGAAAAAGAACCCUUUGGAUGAAUAUAGGGAACAGAUAAGUGGUUAGAUGUAGAUCCUGAACAGUGGUACGGUGAAGUCAGGUUGUGGUCUCCGUCACAGAACUUGUAAUUGCAAAUGAAAUGGUUUUUUAAAUUGGUUAAAGGAACUAGUUUUACCUCAA